UUGUGAACACUACAUGAUGAAAAAAAUCGGUGGUGUUUGUUUAAACUUUAUAUCAACGAAGUUUGAAUAUCUGAAUCUUUUAGUAAAACUGUAGGAUACAAAAACGAUUAAAAUAACAACCAUUCAUCAAAGAAGGCAUUUCCAAAUUUUCCACCGCUUCCUUCUUUCUAGUUUUAACUUGUUUAAUAAGCGCCCGGGGUGUAGCUCUCUUAUCCUUGAGCCUCUAUCCUUCUCCAUAAGCAGAAGAAAUCAUGGAGAAAGAUACCAACUCCUCAUUGAACUCGCCCCUUCUUCACAUUUCUGAAGAUGGGUUGACUUCCUCUAAUGGCGAGAGGGAGAGACGAGUCAAUGAUAUCAACCAUAGAAGGCAACAAGUUGGGGAAGAAAUAAAGAAGCAGCUAUGGCUAGCUGGGCCUUUGAUAUUGGUCAGUCUUUUACAAUAUUGUUUGCAGAUGAUUUCCGUCAUGUUUGUGGGCCAUCUCGGCGAGUUGUCUCUCUCUGGUGCUUCUAUGGCGACUUCUUUUGCAACCGUCACUGGUUUUAGCUUGUUGAUGGGGAUGGCUAGUGCUCUGGAUACAUUUUGUGGCCAAUCUUAUGGAGCAAAGCAGUUUCAUAUGCUGGGAAUUCAUAUGCAGCGAGCGAUGUUUGUUCUUUCAAUUGUGAGCAUCCCUCUUGCAGUUAUUUGGGCUAACACAGGAGAAAUUCUGAAAUUUCUUGGCCAAGAUGCUGAAAUCUCAGCAGAAGCUGGGAAAUAUGCUAUUUUCAUGAUUCCAAGCCUGUUUGCAUAUGGUUUACUUCAAUGUCUGAACAGAUUCUUACAAACCCAAAACGUCGUUUUUCCAAUGGUGAUGUGUUCUGGAAUAGCAGCUUUGCUUCACAUCCCCAUAUGUUGGAUUCUAAUUUUCGAAAUUGGACUCGAGAUUCGUGGAGCGGCUAUGGCCAAUGCCAUCUCUUAUUGGAUUAAUGUGUUGAUGUUGAUGCUUUAUGUUAAGUAUUCUUCUUCAUGUUCCAAGUCUUGGACUGGCUUUUCAGUUCAGGCUUUUCAAAACAUCCCAAAUUUCCUUAGACUUGCAAUUCCUUCAGCUUGCAUGGUUUGCUUGGAAAUGUGGUCAUUUGAAUUGAUCGUUCUUUUAUCUGGACUUUUACCAAAUCCAAAAUUAGAGACAUCAGUUCUUUCCAUUAGUCUUAAUACAGCGACGAUCUUUUGGAUGAUCCCAUUUGGUAUGAGUGGCGCUGGAAGCACGCGAGUCUCUAACGAACUAGGAGCUGGCCGUUCUGCAGCAGCAAAGCUAGCUGGAUGUGUAGUUGUGUCAAUGGCCACUAUUGAAGGACUACUGCUUGCAAUUAUCUUAGUUCUUAUACGUAAUGUUUGGGGCUACGCUUAUAGCAGUGAACCAGAAGUGGUGGAAUAUUUAGCAAACAUGCUUCCUAUCGUUGCAAUUUCCAGUUUUCUUGAUGGACUUCAAUGUGUGCUUUCAGGCAUUGCUAGAGGUUGUGGUUGGCAGAAGAUUGGUGCAUAUGUCAAUCUUGGAUCAUAUUAUAUUGUGGGAAUUCCAUCUGCAGUUUUGCUUGCUUUUGUUUUGCACGUUGGUGGAAAGGGGCUGUGGUUUGGCAUCAUUUUAGCACUCAUUGUCCAAGUCCUUUCUCUUGCUACCAUUACCAUCCGCACCAACUGGGACCAAGAAGCAAAGAUAGCUACAGAACGUGUUUAUGAUGCAAUAAUUCCAUCAAAUGUUGUCUCAUAAAACUUGAGUUACUUGGUGGAGGAGCUUUGUUUUUGAGUUCUACUUUUGGAAGCCAAGGUUGAUAGCUUCUUCCAACUUGACUAUUGUUCAAGGAUAGCUGAAGAUUCUUUCACUUGAAGAUCGGGUUUUCUCAAUCUUCACGUGUUUAAAAAUCAUUCAAUCUAGAUUAAAUUACGACAAAUUUAGUUCUCCGUAGUUUAAAGAAAGCUAGAAUUUAUGUUUCGAUUGUGGUAUACGUUGUGCUAUUGGACAUAUGUAAAAAAUUGCAGGUACCACAAGUAUUAAAAAGUGAAGGUGGAGAAUUAGAGAAAUAAAAGUAUAGAAUUUGGAGGUCA